AUGCCUCUUCCCGAGCCUGAGAUCUUCGUCGACGUCGCUAUAGCGGGUGCUGGACUUGGCGGCCUCGCGCUGGCAGUCGGUCUGCAGGAGCGAGGCUUUAAAUCAGUCAUGCUCUUCGAGGCCGUGCCUUACUCCCGCUCCCAAACCGGAACGGUUUUCGCCUUAGUUCCCAACGGUGCCAAGGCGCUUGAGGGAUUAAAGCCCGGGCUCGGCGACGCUGUCAUUGGCUGCGGAUCAACGAUCACAAAAACUAGGUUCGUUACUCGAGAAAAUCCGGCGCCGAUUGAAUCUGUAUCGGCCACUGCUUCUACCAGCGGCGGUAAUAGUAGUAGCGGUUCUGCCACUAACGAUGCUGCUACUAUUGGAGCUGGCAAGAAAAGCGACGGCUGGGUUGUGACGGAAAGGGAGAGAAACCUGACAAUUGUGGGAUGGGCGCGAGCUCAAGAGGUGCUUGCCUCGUCUCUAACGCGACGCGAGAAUAUUAUGCACGAACAUCGCGUCGUGGCGUAUUACCCCGUCGUCGCGGGAAUGCCAGUUGCGGAUUCGAGUGGUGGAUCGGACAGUAGUAAUGGUGGCGCUGGCGAGAGAGGGGUGGAAGCUGUUGACGUGGUGCUCGAGGUCGUGGGUUCGAAUCCCGAAACUGACAAAAAUCAUUCACCCUCCGCUGUUUCAGGAGGAGCUGAAACCGCAGGAGCGGUGCAGAAGCAGCGUCAGAUGGUGGUUCGUGCGAAGGUUCUGGUCGCAGCGGAUGGCGUGCGAUCAGCUGUGCGAAAUCAAAUGAUCGGCGACUCGCCUCGGUAUUUGGAGCAGAUUGGUUGGAACGCGCUCGUGCCAAACCCGCCAAGCGCGAGAGUGUACCCGCAAGAAGAUCAGGUGUUGCAACUAUUCGUGGAUAAGGUUACGGGUUACCAGAUAUUUCUGAUUGAUGUUGGCCAUGGGAAGACCUUCUGGCAGGUUCGCAUUGUUGAUCCUGAUAGCAAGCUCAAGUCCGAGCUCAAGCUAACACCCUUUGGGGGAUUCGGCAAACCAGGCGUGAAGGAUCGUUUAAUGUGCCAUGUCAGCAAAAAUGUUGCGGAUCCAUCAGGCCAUGACACCUGGCAAACCGUGCUCCAGGCGGUUACCACCACUGACGCGGGUAACAUCUACGAGCGGUGGAUGAUGGACCGGCCUCCUCCGAAGGAUUCUUGGAGCGACCCCAAGUGUGGUAACAGAGUUGUUCUUAUUGGGGAUGCCGCACAUGCCAUGCACACCGGUCCAGGGCAAGGAGCUCAAAUGGCAUUUGAGGAUGCACACCAGCUGUCCAUGUGCCUUGCUGACGUCAAGGAUGUGCUCGCCGAACCUGCUGCCGUGGCUGCUGCGGUUCGGGAGUAUGAGGCUCGGCGGAUCGAGAGGUGUGUGAAAGUGCAUGCUUUUGCCACUGGGUCACAUGAGUUUGGAGAGGAGGGGAAACUUGUGAAGGCUCUUUCUCCGCCCGAGAAACUGAAGAGAUUUAUGGAGUUUGGGAGUUGGGUCCAUGCGUAUCCAGACAAGAUAAAAGGUGACCCUGAAUCCACCUACUUCAAAUGA